AUGCGGAAACAGCUCCUGGACUUGCUCGUGCCAGAGGUGACAGAUCAGAGAGGGGAGGAGGAGGUGCUGAUCAAACCCAUGGCCUCGGCUUUGGUCCCUGGAAUGGCUCUGGGCUCGGAGUCCCCAGGGAGCCCCUGCCCAGGCGGCUGGCCCGGCUGGCUCUCAGGUUUCUGCUGCGUCGCCUGCUGCCACCGCGCCACCACAGCCCCAAGUCAGGGCCUUGGGAGGGUAGCAGCGUGGGGGCCUGAGCCGGAGCCCCCCGGCGACGAGGGUGCUGACAGCCGCCAGCCGUCACUGCCGUCACCACAGAGCCUACUGCCCAGGUGCAGGGGCCAGGAUGGCUACUUGUUUCCCUGUCUGGAGGGCCUGACAUCUUCCCCAUGUGGCAGCUGUGACCAGGGACCUGACUGUGGAGGCAGCUCCAGCUCCGGGUGCAGCACCCCCGAUGAUACCAGCAACUCUUCCUCUGUGGACUGGAACGCUGUGGAGAGGCAGGAGGCAGUCCCCGGCUGGGACGAACCCCCCGUGAUGAUCCCUCGGAGGCUGCAGGAGGGGCCCAGGGCUGACAGUGCCCGGAGGGUCACUGCUAGGUCCCCUGUGGGAGGAGACUCUGCAAGCCCAAAAAACGAAGAUCCUGGUGGUGGGAGCCGGAGUGCCGGACAACACUGGGCCAGGCUCCGGGGAGAAAGUGGGGCCUUCUGGGAGCGGCCCCGGGCGGCACCCACCCCAGCUCCCUCCACCGUGCCACAGAGCGGAACCCGGAGCUCCACCUCACUGAGGGAUGUUGCCCAGGCUGCCUCUGCUCAGCGCAGUGCAUCCCGCGCCGCCUCUCCUCCCCGAAACACCUACAGGGACACCUCUCAGACCUCACCACCUGCCCAACAGGACACUGCAAGGACCUCACCUGCCCUGCGGAACAUGCCCAGAGCCAGCUCUCCCUCCAGAAUCACCCAGCGAGAUAACCCCGGCACCUCAGCCACCCAGCGAAGCCAUCCACAGCAGCCUUUCUCUUCUCCCAGCGACAGGCAGCAAGGCCAUCCCAGAGGCUCCGCCACUCAGCGGGAUACCCCCAGGGCCUCCUCUCCCAACAGGAUCACUCAACGGGACACCCCCAAAACUGCCUGUGCCCAACGGGACACCCUUAGGCCCUCCUCUCCCAACCGGACCACUCAACGAGACACCCCCAAAACUGCCUGUGCCCAACGGGACACCCUUAGGGCCUCCUCUCCCAACCGGACCGCUCAACGGGAAACUCCCAAAACUGCCUGUGCCCAACGGGACACCCUUAGGGCCUCCUCUCCCAAUCGGACCACUCAACGGGACACCCCCAAAACUACCUGUGCCCAACGGGACACACCCAAGGCCUCCUCCCCCAACCGGAGCACUCAACGGGACACCCCCAAAACUGCCUGUGCCCAACGGGACACAUCCAGGGCCUCCUCCCCCAACCGGAGCACUCAAUGGAACACCCCCAAAACUGUCUGUGCCCAACGGAACACCCCUAGAUCUUCUUCUCCCAAUCGGAGCACUCAACAGGAUACCCUGAAAACUGCCUGCAUCCAACAGGACACCCCCAGGGCUUCCUGCGCCCCCCAGGACAGCCCCAAAGCCCAGUGCAGUAGAUGGGAUAAUCUCAGGACUGCUUGUACUCAAAGGAACAACCCACACACUUCCUCCUCCCGUCGGGACAAUCCUGGAAUGGCCUCCACCCAGUGCUGUACCCCAAAGGACCGUCCCGCACCACCAUCUCCCCACCGCUCCAGCCCGCAGAGCCACCCCCGGCCAUGCUCGCCACACCGUACCAACAAGGACAUUCCCUGGGCCUCCUUCCCCCUCCGGCCGACUCGGAGUGAUGGCCCCCGGACCACUUCCCCGGCUCGCUCCAAGCCAAGCGAGGUGCCCUGGGCAUCCGUUGCUCUUCGGCCAACUCAAGGUGACAGGUGUCAGUCGUCCUCCCCUCCCAGAGCAGCCCAGCGGGAUGCACCCCAGUCCUGCUCUGGCUCGGCCCAACACCACUCACCCGCCCGGGGCACCUCCUCCUCCCAUAACCCUGGCCAGCAAGCCACCUCCCGGGGGGUCCCUGCUGCACACCCUGUCCCUUGGGGAACUCCCCAGGUGUCUGCUGAGUCCUCCCAGGCCCCCUGUGCUGUGUGCAUCGGGCACCGGGAUGCCCCUCGAGCCUCCUCGCCGCCUCGUUAUUUGCAGCAUGACCCCUUCCCCUUCUUUCCAGAACCCCGAGCGACUGAGAGCGAGCUGCCCCACCAUGAGCCCCCCUACAUUCCGCCUGCCGUGUGCAUUGGGCACCGGGAUGCCCCCCGGGCCUCCUCGCCCCCUCGCCACACCCAGUUUGACCCUUUCCCCUUCCUACCAGACACGUCAGAUUCGGAGGUUCAGCCCCCGCAGCAGCACGACCCUCCACAGCUCCCCCCACCUGUGUGUAUUGGGUACCGUGAUGCGCCGCGGGCCUCCUCCCCGCCACGCCAGGCCCCGGAGCCCUCCCUCUUGUUCCAGGACUUCCCCAGGGCCAGCACUGAGAGCCUCGCCCCCUCCACGGACUCUCUGCACGAACCCCUCCACGUUCCCGUCCCUGUGUGCAUCGGGCACCGCGAUGCUCCCUCUUUCUCCUCCCCACCACGCCAGGCUCCGGAGCCCACCCUCUUCUUCCAGGAUCCCCCGGGGACGAGCACCGAGAGUCUGGCCCCCUCCACUGACUCCCUGCAUGGCUGCCCUCUGCUGCCCCCGCAAGUGUGCAUUGGCUAUCGCGACGCCCCCCGAGCUUCCUCCCCGCCCCGCCAUCCACCCAGCGACGCGUUGCCGCUGGCGUUGUCCCCUACGCCGGGUAGCUCCCGAGGCUCGGGGCCCUCUGGGGAGACCAGGCACAGCUUGGAGAGGGAGGAGUACAGCGUGCUGGCCGACCUGCCCCCGCCCAGGAGGCUGGCCCGGAGGGAGCCAGGGCCGCAGGCGCAGGGCAGCAACGGGGGCCGCACUCGCAGCCCUGGCCGCGCAGAGGUGGAGCGCCUCUUCGGGAGAGAGCGCAGGAAGUCUGAGGCGCCGGGGGCCUUCCAGGCUCGAGAAGAGGGAUGGUCCCAGCAGCCCAGCCAAGCUCAGAGCCAGCUACUCCGAAGACAGUCCAGCCCAACCCUCAGCAGGCAGGUGACCAAGCCACCUGCCAAGCAAGCGGACCCGGCUAGGCGGAGCCGAGCACAACUCUCCAGUUCCAGGAGUCCUGAGAGGUGGCUUGAGGGAGAGCAACGUCUUCAGGGGACCACACCAGCUCCCAGGACGACAGUCGGCCGCUGUGAGAGGGAGAAGCCAUUAGAGAGUAGCCAAGCUGGUCCUCAACAGCCUGCAGCAGCGUGGCAGGGUCACGGGGAGCUGCCACGGGCCCAGGGCCCUCACCGACAUCUGGAAAGGAGCUGGAGCACUGGGGAGGAAGGUCUGGGUCCCGGAGCCUCCAGAGCCCCAGAAGGAAUGUGGGGAGGCCCACCUAGCACAAGUUGGGGGCAAUUGGAGGCCUGGGAGGAGUUACCGGCCCCCAGGAGCUGGGACAGUCUACAGGAGCUGCCUGGCCCCCGCCAGUCUCUGAGUUCCGCGGAGACACCCUGGGUAGGCCCAGAGGAAGUCACACCACCCCAAGGGUCCAGGACACCCUCUGCCACGGGCUGGGGGGGUGAGGGAGUUUGCCCACAGCCACACAGCCCUGAGCCGCACCCUGAACUUGACUGGAGAGAUCUGCUGGGCCUUCUCCAGGAGCCUGGAGAGGGGGCCUGGGCCCGGCUCCCGCGGCUCAAUUGGGAAGGCCUCCUGGAGCUCCUACAGGCUCGGUUGCCCCACAAGGGCCCAGCUGGCUAUUGGGAUGACCCAGCUAAGGCCUCUGGCCCAGAGCUCGGUCCUCCUGACACAAACGAUGCCCCAGAACUGGAAUCACACAGGCAGCCUGAAGGGUGGGCCAAAACCACUCUCAUCAACGGACACAGCCCUGGGCAGUGGGUCAGGAGCCCGACUCAGCCACCCAGCCCUGCCUGCACCUCCACCCAGUGGCCAAAGACUCAAGCAACAAGCGAACCAGAGACCUCAGCAGUGGCUGAACUGGAAGAGAUGGGCCAACUGGGGAGUAGCAGUGACACAGACCUGCCCAGCUCGGCCACAGCAGAGUUCCAGCCAGAAGAACCUAAAGAGGCAGAGGCUCCAAGCAGAGACCAAGACGUGCCGACUGACCAGAAGCAAGCUGACUCGGCAGACCAGAGGCCGGCAGAGGGCAAGGCUGGGAGCUCACUCAAGGGCCGACUGGUGACCUCAUGGCGGAUGCCGGGGGACCGGCCCACGCUGUUCAAUCCGUUCCUGCUGUCUCUGGGGGUCCUCAGGUGGCAAAGGCCUGACCUGCUCAACUUCAAGAAAGGAUGGAUGUCGAUCUUGGACGAACCGGGAGAGUGGAAGAAGCAUUGGUUUGUGCUGACAGAUUCAAGCCUCAAGUAUUACAGAGACUCCACGGCUGAGGAGGCAGAUGAGCUGGAUGGCGAGAUUGACCUACGCUCCUGCACGGAUGUCAGCGAGUGCAUGGUGCAGCGCAACUAUGGCUUCCAGAUCCACACCAAGGAUGCUGUCUACACUUUGUCGGCCAUGACCUCCGGCAUCCGGCGGAACUGGAUCGAGGCUCUUAGGAAGACUGUGCGUCCAGCGUCAGCCCCCGAUGUCACCAAGCUCUCAGACUGCAAUAAGGAGAACACGCUGCACAGCUACGGCACUUCAAAGGGCUCAUUGAAGGCAGGGGAGCAACGGGCGGGCCCUGAGCUCAUCAGCCGGGGUGGCCCCCGCAAGGUAGAUGGGCAACGGCAGGCCCUGGACUACGUGGAGCUGUCCCCACUGAGCCAAAGCUCCCCGCAGAGGGCCCGCACCCCGGCCAAGGCUCCUGACCGGCCAGCCAAGCAGGAAGAACUGGAGCGGGACCUGGCCCAGCGCUCCGAGGAGCGGCGCAAGUGGUUUGAGGCCACAGACAUCCGGACCCCAGAAACGCCCACCAGCGAGGGGCCCCGCAGGGGCUUGGGCGCCCCGUUAACCGAGGACCAGCAGAGCCGGCUGAGCGAAGAGAUUGAGAAGAAGUGGCAAGAACUGGAGAAGCUGCCUCUGAGGGACAGUAAGCGAGUGCCUCUCACAGCCCUGCUCAACCAGAGCCGUGGGGAGCGGCGGGCGGCCCCGAGUGACAGCCACGAAGCACUGGAGAAGGAGGUCCAGUCCCUCCGUGCCCAGCUGGAGGCCUGGCGGACCCGAGGGGAGGCGCCCCAGCACUCGCCCAGGUCGCAGGAAGACAUCCCCAUUCCCCCAGGCUACAUCUCCCAGGAGGCGUGUGAGCGCAGUCUAGCGCAGAUGGAGUCCUCACACCAGCAGGUCAUGGAGGAGCUGCAGCGGCACCACGAGCGGGAGCUGCAGCGCCUGCAGCAGGAGAAGGAGUGGCUCCUGGCUGAGGAGACGGCGGCUACGGCCGCAGCCAUUGAAGCCAUGAAGAAGGCCUACCAGGAAGAGCUGAGCCGCGAGCUAAGCAAAACGCGCUGUCUCCAGCAGGGACCCGAUGGGCUCCGCAAGCAGCACCAGUCAGACGUGGAGGCGCUGAAGCGGGAGCUGCAGGUGCUAUCGGAGCAGUACUCGCAGAAGUGCCUCGAGAUUGGGGCGCUGACACGGCAGGCUGAAGAGCGGGAACACACGUUGCGGCGCUGCCAACAGGAGGGCCAGGAACUACUGCGCCACAACCAGGAACUGCAUGCCCGCCUGUCGGAGGAGAUUGACCGGCUGCGUGGCUUCGUGGCCUCACAGGGUGCAGGUGGCUCCGGGCACAGCGAGCGGAGUUCCUGCGAGCUGGAGGUGCUGCUGCGGGUGAAGGAAAAGGAGCUGCAGUGCCUGAAGAAGCAGGUGCAGUGCCUCCGGGACGAGCUGCAAACACUGCAACAGGACAAGCGCUUCACCUCAGGAAAGUACCAGGAUGUGUAUGUGGAGCUGAACCACAUUAAGACACGCUCAGAACGGGAGAUUGGGCAGCUGAAGGAGCACCUGCGCUUGGCCAUGGCUGCCCUGCAGGAGAAGGAGGCGGUGCGCGGCAGCCUGGCUGAGUAGAGGCGAGGUCCCUGAAGUCCAGCUGAGCUGCAGACCGCCUGCCUGUGCUGACCCGUCACCCUCCUUCCCAGCAGUGUGAAGUCAGAAGCCAAGGGUCCUUCCCCAUCUGUGGGCUGCACAGGCACUCCCUGACCCUGCACAGAUGGACAUGCACACAUCAACACAGACAUAUACACUGAUAUACACCGACAUACGUACACGGACACAUACACGGACACACGUUGGCAUAUAUACACUGACAUACAUGCACCCACGGACACACACAGGCACACACCUGGACAUACACUCUGCAUAUCUGAGCGCGCCCCUCGCACUGGGUCUUACCUUGCACCUUCUCCAGGAUUUUAUAUGUGAAGAGAUUUUUAUAUAGAUUUCCCCCCUUUUUAUUUCCCAGAAACACUUGAUACUUUUUAAAAAAGCCAUUCCUGGUGGCUGUGUGCCUCCAUCACUGCCACCCACCCACCCCCACUCCCGCCUCUGUACUCCUCCUCGCUUGGGCUUCGGGGCCGCGGCCCUGCCCCAAGGGACUCUGGGAGACCCAGAGUUGACUGCUGGCUGAGGCAGGUGCCAGUGUCUCUCUUCCAGCCCUACCUCCUACUGACUACUUCCUGUCCUGGGUAGGCUCGCCCCUUGAGACUCUGGCCGAGGGACACAUGGACAGAGGGAGGUGCCCCUGGUCCCACCACUCCGGGCACAGGCCCUGGAGCCUCUGGGCCUGCAGGCUCCUCGCCCCGCCCUGGGGGCCUACUUGUUGUAAUAAAGAGUUCUGACAGCAUUAGCAUCUUGGAUGGCAAGCAGGGCGGGCAGAGCCAACUGGGCUCCCUGUGAAGGUGACUUCUGCACCCACACCCCU